AUGCAGGUUGGAAAACGUUGUAUAGUUCGUACAAGUGGGCAAAAGCCUCGUUUUGCCAAAAUUGCAUACAUUGGACCGACACAUUUUGAUGCAAAACAAGAAGCUAGUCGGCCAAAUAAUUGGGUUGGAGUUAUUUAUGAGAAUCCAGAAGGGAAAAAUGAUGGAUCUUUGGACGGGAAAAGAUAUUUUACUUGUAGACCAAACUAUGGUGGAUUUGUUCUUCCAACAUCUAUAGAAGUUUUAGAGGAAGAUGGACAUUUUGUAAAUGAUCAAAAUGAUAAUGAGCAAAUUGAGGAAAUUUAA